AGAGCUGCGCGUUGGUCUCUCAUGCGUGCGUGCGCGCACGCGUGCGAAUCCGUCUCUGCGUCUCUUGUCAAGCAAGCAAGCAGAUUGUGGCAAACCUCGAACAACCGCGACGUGAAACCACCACCACGUCCAUUUAAAGUCGCUGGACGGAGCCGUUGGUGUCGUAUCGUUCAAGACGCACCACCUUCCUCCCCCCCUCCCCCUCCUCCACCACCCGUAGCCGACGUCUGUUCCGCGCCCCACCCUUCUCCCUCCCCCUCUUGGGGGGUCCACGGCUCUUGCGACUGGGUGUCAGUCGCGCGCACAGGAAUAUACGGGUAAGUUCGAGAACGCUGCGCCACCACCGCCGACAGCAGUAGCACCAUGGCGUGCGCCACGCUCAAGAGGUCCUUGGAAUUCGACCCGGUGCACAGCCACGGCCGGCCCAGCAAACGACGAAGGUGCAUGCCGAUGUCGUGCGCCUCGCCCGGCGCUACCGCGUCGUCAUCGCGAGGUGGACCGCUGCCGCAGAAAUCGUCGCCGUUCGGCGAGAUAGCUAACAAAUUGACGCCUGAAAAGAUGGCGGCCAACAUCAGAGAAGAAAUCCGCAGAUUGCAGCGACGUAAACAAUUGCACUUUCAGUCUCAAACGAACAGUGGCGAUUCAUCAGAUAUGGAAGGACCUUCAAGUCCUACCGGCCCAUCUGGCUCUUCUUUAACUCUCUUUAGUCAUAACACUAGUGGAAAAGAAAAACCACUUUUCACAUUUAGACAGGUUGGCUUGAUCUGUGAGCGAAUGCUCAAGGAACAAGAAACGCAAAUCCGAGAAGAGUACGAUAAGAUCUUACAUUUAAAGCUCUCCGAACAGUAUGACGCUUUUGUUAAAUUCACGUACGAUCAGAUACAAAAAAGAUUUGAAUCCUCAGCUGCACCGAGUUACCUAUCAUAAGAAAAGUUUCUUAUUUAUAAGAAGACAUUUUUGUGAGGAGUAUUAGAUUUCUACUGUGUGAGACAAAUUUUGCUUUUGCGCCGAGGUUUGCAGCGCCGCCUCGCUUCGAGAAUCACCUUUAAAAAGAUAACAAAUGGUUUCAGCAGUGUCUAAUAAAAAAAAAAAGAACUAAAAAGGUGAAAAC